UCACUGCCAUCUCCAGGCCAUCAUUAAUGGGAAGGACAUAUACACAACCAAUCUCAUGCCCGAGGAAACCACAAAAAUAAAAUCAUGUUCAUAUCUACGAUUAGCCCAGCCAUUUUCAAUGUUCAGUAGCCCGAAGUGUUCCCUCCUCAUGAAGCCGUUACUUGAAGACAUCACUGCGUUUGAUACAUGCCGAAUCCCACAUCCAUCGUAUUAAGGUGAACAAAAGAUCACAGAACGAAUGAAGCAAAAAAAGAAAGAAGAGAGAAGAGAAGAAGAACAGGGGACAGGAAACCAAAAGAAAAGAGAAAAAAAAACCAUCCACAUAUGAUGGGAACGCGAAUGCCAAUCAUAUGAUAUCGCUGGGCAAAGAGAUUGGAGCCAGACAAAAGAAAAUUCCUAAGCCAAGCUCCAUGCCAUACUCCGAAUCAAAAUCAGAAUCACAUUUACGAGAGACUUUCGAGCUUGCCGUCUGCACGGGCCUCUCGGACCUGGUCGAAGACCUAAGGGUGAAGAUAAAUUAGUUGUCUGAAAUGGGACCCUGAGAGAAUUAACUAAAAGUAUGCAGUUACUCACCUUGAGCAUCUUGUUCCUCGCACCCAGUGCGUUGACACCACGGUCCUCCAGGGCCUUGUCGUCGAGCUCGACCAACUCCGUCCAUUUGAGAUCCUUCAGGUUGUCGGUAUACUUGUGCAGCCGAAGGGAUCGCAGCCAGCUGGGGAUGUCCCCCAGAAGAGCUGGGUCCGUGGGGUCCUCUGGCGGCUUUGAGCUACCACGACGACCACGCGGCGACCGUCCACGGGUGACCUCCGAAUGGUCAGACAGGUAGCCCUCACCACCCAGGCCGAACUGACCAAUGCCCAGCGAGCCCAGUCCGUUGCCCAUAAGCGGGUUGUUCGGGUCGUAAGCAGCAAGGAAACCAUUGUUCUGAGGCGAGGUGAAGCUCAUCGCACCGAGACCACCGCCCUGCAUGGCAAUGCCGGGAGAGGUCGGGCGAGAUCGUCGUCCUGCCAUAGCGGCUUGCUGCUGAGCCUGCAACGCCGCCAAUUGCUGAGCGUUGAGUAGCUGGCUGGCCAUUGAGCCAUGCAAACCGGGGCUGUGCAAGCCCUGGGCGAUGGUUGGGUUGGUAAUCGAGUUUUUGCCCUGGCCGUCGUUAGAGCGGGCCCGGCGGUACUUCCGAGCAUCAUCCAGCGCAAUGCGGUUGUUUACGGUAGACAACGCAGCCAGCUUCAUGGCAGUGGCAUUUGCCACCAUGUCAGCCUGGGAGUUUGGCCCAUUGGUCUGCUGCCCAAAGGUUGCGGUCAUUGGAGUGUUGGUCAUAGAUGCCCAGCUGUGAUUCCCAACAUUGUAUGGCGAGAGCAAUGGGGGCUCGAUUUCGGGCGCGGGAAUCGUGGCAGUCUGAGGCAGAGGAGAACGCAUGCCAGACUGGCUGAAUUGACCCAUGGGCUGAUGUCCAGAAGAAGACUUUGGUCGGGCAAUUGGGGGCUGAGCAUCCGAGAGACCACCACGCUGGCCCCAUGGCGAAGCUGGAGGCUGACCUAGGUUGUCCGAGCCGUUGUCGGGGGCGGAGAUGGUUGGUGCAACGAACGAGGUGCGGUCACCGAAGACCGCACUGUUCCGGUUUGAUGGAGGAGCAUUGCCCGUCUGCUGGGUGAACUCUGCCUUCUUCUUUGCGAUAGCAGCCGCGGCAUCCGGGAACAUGGCAUUAAUAGUAGAGGAGUCGAGACCCGAGUUGCGCUUCGCACCCGGGGAAGGCGGGGGCCGGCCCAAAGAAUUACGGGAGGUGUCCAUAUUGAGUUUUGACAUCGCAUCGCUCAAGCGGCUAGACAUAGGAUCUGAACGGAAAAAAGAUCAUGUUAGUGAUGCACUUUUAAGGUGGAUGGAAUUAUGCAGGAUAGAGCUCUGUUCGUUUUUACCUUUUUCACCAAAGUUGGCCGGAGAAAGCAGCCCGGACAUAGGGUGGCUCUGGGACAUUUGCUGCAGUACCUGGAUGAAGAAUCGAAUCUGCACCUGGGUAGUCUGUUGCAACAAGGCAUACAGGGCUGCCGUCCGCUCCGCCUCGCUCAGAACACGAAACCACUGCUCGAUAGCGCUGAGCUCAUCCUUGAAGUCUUGGUCGAGAGUGGCAGCGGCCAUCUCUUCCAAGGUUGUCUCAUACUGAUCGAUAUCCGCCAACCACUGCUGAGCGGCCCGGUCCAAAGCAUCCUCCGUUGAAUUCUGACCUUGAGAUUGCUGGUUGAAGAAAACUUCGGAGGACGGGCGCAUGCUGCGGGAGGACAGCGGCGAGGGAAACCCAGACAUAUCAGCGGAUGCCCGCAGCUGGUGCGAUCCGAGGUUGCGAGCAGAUGAGGGGGGACGCAGGGUAGAAUUCGGAGCGGCCUCCGGGGUGCUAUUGCGGUUGCCGAUCAUAUGGUUGGCCAUGGCUCACCGGGAGGGUGGGACGACGGGGGAAGUUGCAAAGGCGAAUAGUAAAUACAGUGGAGGCUGGGUUGGAAAAGAUUACUGCAAAACACCUGCAGCACCUGCUGAGUUUGCGUAACAAAAUAAGAAUCAAAGAUCCUGAUGGACCCAGAUGUGAAGAUUCAGAGUCGAUGUCAAAAAGAAUUGUGAAGCCUAUUCCUCGAAACUAGGCGACCACAGUUGGGCGGGCACAGACCAGGCCAGUGGGCUGCACCUUUGGGGAGUUUUGAAAGCGUUGUGGAUUGGGGGGUGGAAAACCAGACACCAAGGCUCCGGAAUAUUAGGCGGGGGGUGGAUUCGAACGAAGGAAAGUCAGGGACCAGGAGGCAAUAGUGUGUCAAACACAACAAGCCAGGCCUCGUACCCAAAAGAAAGUAAAAAAAAAAACAGGGGGAGGGAGGAGGGAGGAGAGAGACGGAGAGAGAGAGAGAGAGAGAGAGAGAGAGAGAGAGAUGAAAGUUGGGGAUGGUGGAAAAAGGACGGAGGAGGAAGUGCGGCCGCCGAAGAGGCUUUUCUGUUUCAGGGUCACGGGGUUCUGCAACGCAAACUCCGGGAAUGAGGGAAUGAGGAAGCGUCAACUUUGACAUUCCUUGAUUAUCAACGUUGUCUGAUAAUCUUUUGACCUAAGUCUGCCCAAACCGGCGCUUUCUUUUCUGAUUCAUCCAUUGCAUCGCUCCUGGUGGAGCUGUUACUAUGAAUAAGCAGGGCCGCUGCACCUGAAACGCCUGGAGAGAGACUCGGUGCCGCGCCUUGACUAUACGGUCUGGGCCCGGUCCCAGCGCGCUGGUUCUUCACGCACGUUGUCUAUCAGUGACAUUCGGGUGACGUGCCAAAAGAAGGCAUCAGUACAGUCGCUGUCACUCACUUACAGCUCACAGAAGAAUUAUUUCUUCUGUAUCACGUUUCAAAAACUCUGCUUGGAUGGUCCACCGGACCGUUGUAGCGAUAUCGCCAUGGCUGACUCGGAUCAUCCCAUGGACUAUGCUUCUCCUUCAGAAGAGCCGUAUACGUCGUACCCGGACAUCGACGAGUCCGUUCAGUAUCCUUGGCGGGAGAAUGAUGCUCUUGCCGCUCAGGGCAAUCCUGCCGAUCCGGUGAUAGACCCGCGCUUAUAUCAGGAUCUCUUCGCCCAGAACUCGCCCCAGCACCCUGUUCAUGAAGCUGGGGAUCUGUCUGAUGGUAGCCUAGCAUCUAUUCAGCAGGACUAUGCAGACAUCUUAGAUGACGAUGAGUCCGACUUUCAGCUUUCGGAGGAGGGAAGUGCCAGUGAGGAGGAUGAGGAGCUUCUCGAGGAAGGUGAUUCUGAUGACUCUGGUGCCGAACGCCGUCGCCGUCGAGGCGGAGGGCGCUUCUCCGGCCGUUACGGUGCCCGCGGCGGGAAGGGUAUCAAACGAGGACCACGCAAACCGCUGGAUCCUGGACCGGAAUUCAAGAUGUUUCAUUCAGAAGCCACGUCGGCUUUCAUUGAUGGUGAUUACGAUCGCGCCCACGAGUAUGUGAACCAGGCGAUCCAGAUCAACCCUGAAAUGUUCCCAGCCCAUUCGCUGUUGUCGGAAAUCUGGUUGGCAAAAGGAGAUAACGUUCGAGCCUUGCAAGCGCUCUGGAACGGUGCUCACACUCGACCCAAGGACCCUACCGUCUGGAUGAAGGUUGCGCGCCUUCUUCUGGAACGCGCUGGUGAAAGCCGCGCGAGUGCGUUGAAUGAUGUUAUCUAUUGCUACAGCCGUAUCGUUGAUAUUCAACCCGGAAACUACAAUGUUCGAUUCCAGAGAGCAGCACUUUAUCGAGAGCUUGGGCAUAAUGGCAAGGCUGCGAGUGAAUAUGAGCGUAUUCUACACGACAAACCAUACAGCACACGGGCUCUUCGACACAUAGCAGAGAUAUUCAUCGAUCUCAACGACGUUGAACGAGCAAUCACUCAUUGGUCAAAAAGCGUCAACCACUUCCUGUCGCUUGACCCAGAUCGAGUGCGAGAUUUCUCCUGGUCCGAUAUCAACAUAUAUGCGGAGCUUUUUGGAUACGUGGGCCGGCCCAGGGAGGGGCUUUAUCAUCUCAAAUCGCUCUCUCGAUGGAUCCUGGGUCGCAAGGAUGACAUUAUGUGGGCGGAUUUUGAGGACGACGAUCGAGAAUGGGAUUCCCAGGACUCACCUCGCCGAAUCAAAACCGACGGAUACAUCCCCGGUCACUGGCCGCGAGAUAGCUAUGGACUUGGGCUGCCCCUAGAGCUGCGGGUCAAAAUGGGGCUGUUCCGGCUGAAGAUGGGUGACAAGGAUCAUGCAGAGGCCAUGCAUCAUUUGGAAUAUUUGAAUCCCGAUGAUACCUCUGAGGGGGCUCGGAUUUUUGACUAUGGGGAUCUUUUCCGAGAAGCCGCAGACGCGUUGAAAGAAGUUGGUUUGCUUGAAGAAGCUCUUCGAUUCUAUGAGCCAAUUCAGCAGACCUCUGACUAUGCCGACGUCGGCUUUUUCCUGGCAAUGGCCGAGUGCUGUAUGCAACUGGGCAAGGUAGAGGAUGCAGAAAGCUGCUACCUCACUGUUGCGGACCACGAUUCGAGUAACAUAGAGUCUCGUGCACAACUAGCAAAGCUCUACGACAGCCUCGGAAUGCCGGAUCAGGCAUACAAGUAUGUUAAUGAAGCUGUCUUGCUUAGCCGACAAGAAACCAGGACCCGUCGGAGAAGAAAAGAUGCUCGGCUGGAACAGCUUGCGGCCGAGUUCAGGAGGGCAGAACCUGCGGCUCUUAGGCCUCUUGCGCCCAAACCUGGUCCUGUCGAUGCGUGGACCGCGCCUACUCCCAUCGAAACGGAGCCUGUGAAGCGAGGUGAAGCUGCCCGCGGAGAAGAUAUCAAAUUCCUCUAUGCAAUGAUGGAGCAACUAGAACCUAAAGUCAAGGAUGGCAAUGUUGAAGCCACUGAGGACUGGCUCGACAUUGCCGAUGCCUUGCUGCGCGAAUUCCGAUCAAAUCGGAUAUUCUACCCCAUGGCACGCACGACCGAAUUUCAGGGUUAUUCCACCCAAGCACAACGGCGGGCCAACGCAUCUAAGAACGGUACCUUUUUGAAUGAGAUGGAAGAAAUAGCGGGCCGUUUGCAGAAGUCGAGAGGUGACGAGGACUAUCAGGAACCUUUACAAGGUGUAGUUCCUACUGAAUAUCAUGGAAUUUCAUUCGACACGUGGCUAGACAUAUUCCUUCAAUAUUCUCUGACCGUCACCGACCAGGGUGAGCCAAUCGAGGCGUACGAAGCCCUCGAAGCUGCUGCGACCGCUAGCGUUUGGUUCCACGAUAAGCGGAAGUCCCGCAUGAUUCAUGUCUGUUGGUUUACAUGUGCACUCCGAGCCCAGGAUGAGGAUGCCCUCACUAGUGAGGCUCGUUGGUUUGUGAAGGAGUAUCAAUUUGUCACAGACACUUAUCGCCUCUUCUCAAUGUUGAGCCACCUAGCUGGUAAUCCUCGAAAGUCCCUCUUCAACUCCUCUCCUAGCAUGAAGUUUAUGCUUCGCCAGAUCAAGGCUAUGGAUUUUACCCUACCAGACACGGAUGAUAAGCCCAAGCCGACGCGGCAAUCCGUCUGGAGGGAACGUGCUGCUCUCUCAACCAAAGACGAGAAUGGAAAAGACAUUCCGGCGUAUGAGCUGGAUAUCGCUCUGCUCGUACUUUACGGCCACAUCCUUUACUCGGGAAACAGCUUCUACCCAGCUCUGAAUUACUUCUUCCGCGCCUAUGCUAUCGAUGACCAGAACCCAGUGGUUCUUCUUUCUAUUGCACUCUGCUACAUUCACCAUUCGCAUAAACGGCAGUGCGAUAACCGCCAUUAUCUCAUCAUGCAGGGCCUGUCAUUCAUGCACGAGUACCGACGUGUUCGUGAGAAGCGCGGGGCUACACUGCAAGAACGCCAAGAAGUGGAGUUCAACUUUGCUCGUGUCUAUCACGGCCUCAAUCUGUCCCACUUGGCUAUUCCAGGGUACGAGCGAGUGCUUCAAAUUGGCAAAGAUAUCCAGCAGCAGGCCAUGAAACAGUCUGCCGGCGCAACGGAUGACGAUGAUGUGAAUAUGGACGGCGCUAACGCUGUUGCCGUAACUCCGGGUCACAACUUUGUUGAGAAUUUCUCGCGCGAGGCUGCAUUUGCUUUGCAAUGCCUCCAUGUAUUCGGUGGCGAUACCCUUACCGCCAAGGAUGUCACCGAAAAAUGGCUUGUCAUUUGAUGAGAAAAAAGAUAAUUUGACGCAUGGUCGGUUGAUCAGCGGGUGGAGAUUUUGCUGGGAUAGCAUCGAAGGCGGCGUUUCUCAAUAGCGUGUUACUCAUAAUGCAAGAAUCUUCGGUUCCUGAUUCGGAUGUACUAUUCUAACGGACACGGAAUCUACUACUGGGCUGAAAGGCAAGCAAUCAAUACGCCAGAGCGAUACAUUACCUCGGUUGCGGAGGGGUUUCAAUCCAGAACGACGAGCCAUCUAUAGCAAGU